CAUGCCCGACCAAAGAGACUCUGAGAUUUAUACGGAGCACACCUGGCCACGCAAGAUAUUGGCAACUUAACUUAGGACAAUGUGCAGUAUGAAGAGGACACUGUCUGGGUGGCUGACCACAUUGCUGGUCGCACUUGACGGAUGUUGCUUAGCAACCACAGAGGAACAUCACACAGUGACAUCAACACCAAUGUCUGCAACUACGGAAUCCCUCACAAAUGUGUCACGUGACGCAAGUCCCAAGAAGCAGCUUCAUCUCCUGGGACUGUUUGGUAAGGAGGGCGACUAUCCAGUGGGCUGGGCGUUCCAGUUCGCCUCUGAAAUGGCCGUCAACGACAUCAACAAGCGAGCAGACAUGCUGCCAGGGUACACCCUCGUCCUGGACUCCAUAGACACAAAGUGUGACUCCUUUGAAGCCAUUGAUCAGUUGUACCGCCAGUUCUUCCAAGCCAACUCCACCAUUGUCAUGGUUCUCGGGGGGACGACGUCUCACGUGACUGAGAUCACAUCAAAAGCUUCUCGCCGCUACAACCUCGUACAGGUCACCUUCUCUGCCGUAUCGCCGACUCUGUCCAACAAAGAAGUGUUUCCAUGGUUAUUCCGGCUGUUGACCUCUGAGUCCGUCCACUCGUACGUGCGAGUCCUGCUGCUGCUGCAGUUCGGGUGGCGCAACAUCUGGGUGGCCCAGCAGUCCUUUCAUCUUUUUUCCUCGAGCGUUGAGGUCAUGAAGAAAGAGAUGGAGAAGAGGAACAUCACACUGGAGGGUAUCCAGCCGUUUGACGGGGACCCGACCUUUGUCAUAGAGAACCUGCAGAAAAACGAUGCGCGGAUAAUUUAUUUCGCUUCCUACGCCGAGAAGGCCCGCCAGGCCUGCUGUGUGGCUUACAGUCGCAACUUUUAUGGACCCCACAUCGUCUGGAUCUUUCCUGGAUUCUACGACACCAACUGGUUUAAGUCAACGAACGACACCAACUGCUCGACACAUGACAUCGUAAAGGUGAUUGACGGCUACCUGAGCGUUGUUGACGUCACGUUUGACAAGGAUGAUGACGAUGAGGAGGAUGUCAUUGGAGGCUGGCCGCUGGCCGAGUUUUCAUGCAGGUACUGCGCGCAUUACAGGGGCGUCCCCUACACCCCCGACUUCCGGGGAGACGACUGUCUGUGCUACAGGGACCCGAGUGACCCCAGGAUGUCAGGGUUCAACAGGGCGCCGUUUGGCUACGACACCGUGUGGGCCUCCGCCCUGGCCCUCAACAGAACCCUCGUGGAGCUCCGGGCUCAUGGAAGUAGGGUUUCUCAAGAAGACUUCAGUUUUAAAGACGUGGACGUUGCCAAAAUGAUCUACAGAAACAUGAAGAACUUGUCAUUUCGAGGCUUGACUGGGUCUGUGUCCUUCACCAGCACCGGCGACAGGAUCCCCAAGCUGAAUGUCCUGCAGUUCCAGUGGGAUAUGGAGACCAACAGUGGAGCCUUUGUUAAAAUUGGGGACUACCGAAACUGCUUAGAGGAAAUUGUUUGGGACGAAGAAGAAGCAAAAUGGACAGAAGGUUCAAGCAUCGUCAAGGUGGGUCAGUACAACGGUUGCCCGGACAGGAUGAAGUGGAAUGUGACAGCUGCAAGAUGGCGAGGCAAAGGUGUCCCGCCAUCUUCUCGACUAACGAUGUACGUUCUGCAACCGUUGCCAUGGACACACUACAUCGUCAUGUGCUCGCUGGCUGGCCUCGGCAUGCUGUUGUCACUUGCCUUCCUCACCUUUAACAUCAAACAUCGAAAUGUCAGACUCAUCAAGAUGUCCUCACCCAGAAUUAACAACCUCAUCCUUGCUGGCUGUCUCCUUGUCUACUCCAAAGUGUUUAUGAAGGAUCUCUACGCUUCCAAGCUGGACAUCCUGUGUUAUUUCCAACAGUACUCCAUGGUUCUGGGCUUUUCCCUGGGCUACGGCGCUCUGUUUGCCAAGACGUGGCGGGUGUAUGAGAUCAUGACCGCCAGCUACCAGCUCAAGCGAAAGGCUCUGCACGACUGUCGUCUGUUCCUGACGGUGGGGCUGCUGGUGGCCGUCAAUGUUGCGGUGCUGGUCGUGAGGACGCUGGUGGACCGCGUCACCAUGGUUACUGUGGACAACGACGACUGGGUCGAUGAGGCGGACAGGAAGGAGCUGCUGGAGGUUCGUCAAACCCUUGAGUGCCACUCCUUCUACCAGAUCCACUUCACUGCAGUCCUACUGGCCCUCCAGGGGCUCCUCAUCCUCUUCGGUGUUUUCCUGGCAUGGCAGACACGCAAGACGGCCAUUCCUGAGCUCAACGACUCCCGAUGGAUCGGCCUAUGCAUCUACAACGUGGUGGUGCUGGGGUCGGUGGGUGUCAUCCUCGUCCUCGGCACGCGCCAGGCCCCCCACGUGACGUAUGUUGUGGAGUCGGCCAUCGUCAUCGCUGGCACCACCCUCACACAGUGUUUCGUCUUCAUACCCAAGCUGGUAGCCUACAAACACUGGCUUCACAACAAGAAGGGCAGCCAAGGGAUUUUGACAAGAACAAUCUACGUCACCGGCCAGUCGACAGCGCCCUCUGCCCUCGCAUUCACGGAGCACUCUCCCACCACUGGGUCCACAACUGACACCCAGUCUCUGUCGCUUGUGUCCACUGGCCACUCUACCCCGGCAAGAAAGUCCGAGGAGGUGGACAUUGCCGGGUGCACAUGCGGCGAAAACACUGGCAUGUACCCGGGUAGAGGACACCCCGCGCUGACUAACGAAGCAGAUCAACAAUGUUCUCAAGCUCUGUUGAAGACGAUCACACCCUGCACAGACAUGUUUCCGGCUCCUGGUUCAUGCACCUGGUCCACCUCCGGGUUUUUUAUGUCUGGAAACUCAUCCAGCCCCAAACGCAUGCGCACUUCGAGAGGUCGUGGCUCCUUCCCUUCUGUCGAGCGCCCGUCCAGAGUUUCCACCAUUUGUCAAUGCGCGUGCAGUCAAGCGGACGUGCAAGACGCGGCUUCUGGAAGCAAAGUUUACAAGAGCAUGGAUCUUCUGUCUGUCUCUACCAGCUCCAUCGCCGCCGCCAUUCUGAGCCCGAGACAUGCGCACUGGCGUCUGACGCAGAGCUACUUUGGGAACGUGAGGUCAAGGGAGGACGUCAGGUCAAAGGGCAGCGCCAAGCGGUCCUUGUCCUUCGACACGCUGGACUUUCACGUCACGCAUUCCCUGGAACAUUCCCGACAUGCGCUGCGGACGGAAGUGGGCUGCUGCUCGCCUGACUGCCAAGGGUCUGCUUCAGCUUUCCGCAAGUCUAGUGCAGACUUCCUACGCUCAAGUUUACCCCCGUACUUUCCCUCCCACACUCUCCUUCACACUCCCUGCUCUGGUGGAGUCUGCGCGCCAUCUUGUCCUGCUGUCAGCGGCCACCGGCGGAGAAACUGUGUGGAGACCCAGGUUCACAAUUUCGCUAACUUUCCAUUCUAGGUGCUUGUGGUUUGCAUCAUCUUACAAUAGCGGGGACACGAUUGUAGCAAACACACCUGAGCAAGCUGCCCACCGACUGCAGGUGAACCAUCCUGCUCCAGGUUACACAGUGCAGUUAGGGCUUCUCCACACUGUUGUCAGCAGCUUCAUAGAAAAAUGUUUCUUAGGCCGCCAAGUCUACUUAUAAUUAAUUUAUGUAUUAGUAAUUGAUUGAUGAUACACAAAGGCGCCUAAAAAUUCAUUGUUUUUUUCUUCAUCUUUCAUUCUAAUUUUAAGGUCACAUGAUAUCUUAUAAAUCAGAGGUAAAACACCUUGCAGUAAAAGAAAAAUCAGAUUGUGCUUUUAGAAUUGCUUUAUUGACCUUUAUUUUAACAAUUCUGUACAUACAUUGUUUUCAAUGAGCCCACACUGAUUUUUUUUUUCAAAACAGUGUAAACUUUCUUACUUCUAAAGUUGUCGAUAUUUUCCCGCUUACGUCAGCAAACUGUCAUGGAGUGUGUAAUAGUAUGUCUGUGCUGUGUACUAUAUAUGUAAUGUUCACUAUCCUGUUGUGGUUUAAAAUAUCAGUGUUGUUUAAGAAGCAUGUUUGAAUUACAUAUAUAUAUAUUUGUGUUUUAGAUUAUCGCACAUUAUUUGUCACAAGUGCACACCGUAAAGCCAGAACCGUUGAUCAUUAUUUGUUUCCAGUGUUUACAUUGUAUGUCUGUACAGUAAACCUUAUCUGUGACCAAUCAGAUGAAAGCAAAGUUUAACACAACAAAAAGCAUCAUGGCAAAACUCUUGCAAAAUAAUGUUAAAGUCAGUUUCCAUGGGAUUAAUUCAUAAGAAUCAUGUAGUGAGAACUCAUAACAGCAAGACACUGCGGACUGUUCUCCACGCCAGUACACCAGGUAGAAUUCAUUCAUUCAUUAAAUUGUUAAAAAAAAAUUAUAGUCAAAAAGAAAAGUAAGAAGUCUAGAAACCACCUUUGUGGAUGUGUUGAUUGACUUUAGAGUUCAAUUUAGAGUUGAUUAAAGAAUACAACAUUUU